CUGCCCCUCCAUUCCAAUCUGUGGGCUGGUUUGGUACCUCACUUCAUCUCUUCCCCAGUGCGCCGCGAUUUUGACCUCGUUGGUGCGGCUUGAGGCGACACAUUGCCAUGUAUAGAGCUGUACAAAAAAACAACCACCUAGCUCGUAAGACCGACAUAAAGGAUGGCCCCUUGGCGGGACGAUUAUCUGGCCUCGUUGCAAGAGGCGGAGCGCAACAACCCCGUGAACAAGGACCUAGUCGAAGCUUGCUCCCAGCUCGCAGACCGCGUCGCAGCCCUCGAGGCCGAAAAACUGGUCUGGGUUGCGGGCCCGCCGACUGCCACGACCACCAAGGCAGCAACGCCAGCACCGUCGAAGCACUCGUCUACCAACGAGGCCGACUCUACGGCCUCGUCCGCCGAGGGCGCAGCGCAGCUCCGCCUCGACCUCGCUGAGGCCCUCCGCGGACGUGGUCAAGCACAGACUCGUCUCAAAGCCGCCGAGGCCGAGCUUGCAACCUUGCGGUCCAAGAAUAGAGUCGACAGCAAGCGCAUCGCCGAUUUAAUGUCUGAGCGCAAUGCAUUGACAACUAGGUUACGGGACCUGAACGAGGAACUCGAAAAAAAGAGGAAGUUCCUAAAGGACGUCCAAGAUGAGAAUCUCGCGCUGAACAUGGAGCUAAAUAUGUGUUUGCAAAGGGAGACUAAGGUACAGGCCGAGAACAAGGAGCUUGUUGAUCGUUGGAUGAAGAGGAUGGCCCAUGAGGCCGAUGCCCUGAAUCUCCAGAACGAGUCACCCAACACGAAUCAUAGAUGAUAGCAACACACGACAUUAAAAGGAAAAUUGUCCAUCAAUGCUAUGCCUGGUAUCAUCUACAGCUGCGCCAUCUAUGCAGGAAUGCAGAAAAAGUAUACUAUAUGACCUUAUUUCCUUGUGGAGAUGUAGUACUCUCCAUCGGAUCCGGUCCAGCUCACCCAGUUCUCGUGAUACCGGAA